UGCGCACCAUCACAAGCACGUGGGAAGCAAAGAGCCGACCAGUCAGCCCCCGGGCGCAGCUCUUCUUCCUCUUUCGAUGCUCCCCGUCGAUGAUCCACGCGCACUUUUCGCGUGUCGCGCGCCCACCCGUGAGCGUGGCAGGCUUGCUGCACACGGACCCCGGCGCGCCUCACCCAUGAAGAUCCUCCGCGUCGCGUCGCAACUCCUCUAAAACCCACCCGAGAAGCACAAGUUCGUUCCAGCGCCUCCGAAUCUCCCAGCUCUCAGCCCGCCCGUGCACACCCACAUUGGAUCGAGCUGCCACGCGCGCGUGCCCAAUCAUGCCAAACAACACCCGAGUAACCCAGCUGGAACACAGCAGCGAGCCGGUCACCGAGUCCGUGGCCGACCUGCUGUCUCUGGAACACCCCAUGGACUACAAGAGCAGUCAGAUGAGUAUGGGCCUCAGUCCGGGAUCCACCGCCCCGGUCCGAGCCCUUCUCCCCUCCCCGGACCCGGACGCUGAGGACGGGAGGCCGGCCUGGAACAAUAAACUGGAGUACAUCCUGGCCCAGGUGGGCUUCUCGGUGGGCCUCGGCAACGUCUGGAGGUUCCCAUACCUGUGCCAAAAGAAUGGUGGGGGUGCCUACCUGGUGCCCUACUUCAUCCUCCUCCUCCUCAUCGGCAUCCCGCUGUUCUUCCUGGAGCUGGCGGUGGGUCAGAGGAUCCGACGCGGCAGCAUUGGCGUGUGGAAUUACGUCUACCCCCGGCUGGGAGGCAUCGGGGUUUCCAGUCUGAUGGUUUGCGGCUUCGUGGGCCUCUACUACAACGUGAUCAUCGGCUGGAGCAUCUUCUACUUCUUCCAGUCCUUCCAGUACCCGCUCCCGUGGGCCGAAUGCCCGGUCCACAUCAACGGAACCCAAGCCAUCACGGAGCCCGAGUGCGAGAAGAGUUCAGCCACGACUUACUUUUGGUACCGUCAGACGUUAAACAUCACCAGCAGCAUCGACGACACGGGCGGCCUGAACUGGAAGAUGACGCUCUCCCUGCUGGUGGCUUGGAUCUUGGUGUGCUUGGCUGUCAUUAAGGGCAUCCAGUCGUCUGGGAAGGUGAUGUACUUCAGCUCUCUCUUCCCUUACGUGGUGCUCUUCUGCUUCCUGGUGAGAGGUUUGCUGCUGAAGGGAGCAGUGGAUGGCAUCGCUCACAUGUUCACGCCCAAGCUGGAGAAGAUGCUGGAGCCGCAGGUGUGGCGAGAGGCGGCCACGCAGGUCUUUUUCGCGCUGGGCCUCGGCUUCGGCGGCGUCAUCGCCUUCUCCAGCUACAACAAGCGCGACAACAACUGCCACUUUGACGCCGCGCUGGUCUCCAUCAUCAACUUCGUCACGUCCAUCUUGGCCACGCUGGUGGUGUUCGCCGUGCUGGGCUUCAAGGCCAACAUCAUGAACGAAAAGUGUGUCGUGGAGAACGCGGAGAAGAUCUUGGCGUACCUCAACACGAGCGUGCUGAGCAAAGAGCUGAUCCCUCCUCACGUCAACUUCUCGCACCUGAGCACGCGAGACUACGCGGAAAUGUACGCGGUCAUCAAGACGGUCAAAGAGGACACCUUUGCCCAGCUGGGCCUGGAUCCUUGCGUGCUGGAGGAUGAACUUAACAAAGCGGUGCAGGGAACCGGUUUGGCCUUCAUCGCCUUCACCGAAGCCAUGACGCACUUCCCGGCCAGUCCCUUCUGGUCGGUGAUGUUCUUCUUCAUGCUCAUCAAUCUGGGCCUGGGCAGCAUGAUCGGGACCAUGACGGGCAUCACCACGCCCAUCCUCGAUGCUUUCAAGAUCCGCAAAGAGAUCCUGUGCGUGGCUUGCUGCAUCAUCGCCUUCCUGUUGGGGCUGCUCUUUGUGCAGCGCUCGGGCAACUACUUUGUCACCAUGUUUGACGACUACUCCGCCGGCUUGCCGCUCACCGUGGUGGUGAUCCUGGAGAACAUCUCGGUGGCCUGGAUAUACGGAACCAAAAGGUUUAUGCAGGACCUGGAGGACAUGCUGGGCUUCCGGCCGUACUCCUUCUACUACUACAUGUGGAGGUACGUGUCACCGGCCGUUCUGGUGCUGCUCAUCGUGGCGACCGUCAUCGAGAUGGUCAUCAGCCCCGCGGGCUACAACGCCUGGGUGGAGUCUGAGGGCUCCGAGCGUUUCCACAGCUACCCUCCGUGGGCUUCGGCCAUGGCCUACUCCCUCAUCGUGGUGGCCAUGUUGCCCUUGCCGGCGGUCUUCGUCGCCCGUCACUUCAACCUGCUGUCGGACGGUUCCAACAAGUUGUCGACGUCCUACCGCAAAGGCAUGAUGAAGGACAUGUCCAACUUGGAGGAGCAGGACGAGCAACGCUUCAUCCUCGGCAAGACCCCCCGCCCGGCGCCCUCCCCGAUGCCCGCCCACCGCGCCUACCUGGGGCCCGGCGGCACGCAGGAGAUGACCAAUACCAACUACGGCACCGGCACCAAGACGGGCUACCAGAACAUCGGCUCGCCGGAGUCUGAGCUAUAAUGCGCCAAGAGGUUAUGUCUUUUCUUUGUUUUUUUUUUCCCCCCUCCCAUCUUUACCCAUUCGGUGGAUCGGGUCCUGAAAUGUCUACAGCUUGCUGGCUCUACGUUCUGAAUAUAAAUACAAAUUGAAGCUAUAAGCAGCAACGUAGGGGUGCGCCCACUCUCCAUUGAGAGAAAAAAAAAAAGGUAGCCUCAAACCAAAAUGGCCGCCGUCCUGUUCAAUUCUGGGCCAUCUUCAAACCAAAAUGGCCACCGUCCUUUUUUGAUUGACAUGCGCACCCUAUUUCAAUUCAAUAUCCUUAAAAUACAUGCACACGUUAGCAAAAGGACACACCCACUCAGCAAAUAUUGCAGAGUUUUUAAAGUUUGUCGAGGAUUCCCAAAUGGCGUUUCAUUUGUCAUCAUGUGGGGAAAAAAGAGCACAAUCGUCGUCACGAAUGAACAUUUGUCAGCUACUGUGAAAGGAGGACGCGCUCAAGAAUUGUUGAGCACGCAUCCGUUCGGUGAGCCGAAACAAAGUCCGGCUCAUCACAACGCAGCACAAAAAACACUUGAUUGUUGAAUGAUACCGUUUUUGCUCUCUUUUUAUUUUAUUUUUUUAUUGACGUAAGCUUCGGAAGGUAUCAUUUGAACCUCAACUCAAUGUCACAGGCCCGUUUUAAAGACAACCACGGCCCAAAACAAAAUGUUCCACAUAAAAAUUGAGCAUAAACCACCAGGCAAAUAAAAACGAGAUCAUUGAAAAAGACAUAAAACAGUAGCAGAGUCAAAAAAAAAAACAAAACCAAGUCCGCGCUGUGUUAAACGCCAAGGAAUACAAACGUGUUUGAGGAGGUCAAAACUGGAAGGAACAGUUCAA